AUGGAUUUUAGGAAUGAAGUGAGAUCAGUACUUUGUCUGAAGGCACUGGGAACAAGUGAAGAAGAAGUUCCGAAUUGCAUCCAAAAAAUCAAGGAAUCCAUCAGAAAAAUUCCUCGCAUUCCAUCGGUAAUCCGAACUAGAAAGAAGUAUGACACGUUCAAGAUUCUAACUGAAACCGACCACGACCUCCUAGUCCUAAUCAACGAAGACUUUUUGAGCCAGGAAGAUGUCCUAAUCCAUAUAGAACUGGAGUUGUGCUAUGAAUAUUUUACUUACAGCGAGGCUCUUCAAAGAAUAUUGCCGAAAGAAGUUCAAACACCUUCAUCCUUUGAAAUUGUCGGAUCCAUAAUUCACUUGAAUCUAGAUGAGGAGCAGAUGAAAUAUAAGAAUGUAAUUGGACAAGUUGUUCACGAUAAAACAGGUAGAACAGUGAUAACAAAGAUUGGUCAAAUAUCGAAUGAGUAUCGAUCCUUUGAUCUGGAGGUUAUAGGAGGAGAUCCUGUGCUGGAGACUAUUCACAGGGAAGGAGACAUUCUCUUUUGCAUAGACUAUAGAAAUGUCUAUUGGUGUUCCAAGCUCCAAAGCGAAAGAAUGAUUCUUGUGAAGAAGUUCCAGGUUGGGGAUGUGGUGUGCGAUCCCUUCUGUGGAGUGGGGCCUGUUUCGUUGGCAGCACUUAAGAAGGGCUGCAGAGUAUACUCAAACGACUUGAACUCUCACGCCAUUGAAUGCUUAAGGAAAUCCAUUAAGAUCAAUAAGCUCGAUCCAAAAAAGAUUGAAAUCUUCAAUCUCCCUGCAGCCGAAUUCCUCGAGAAAAUGGCAGGAAGAGAAGUAGACCAUUUCUUCUUGAAUCUACCCGAGUAUAGCUUGGACUAUCUUCAAAAAAUUAGUGCCUGGGGGAAUAAGUCGUUGGUUCACUGCUAUUUCUUCUGCAAAAGCAAUGAAGACGUCAUUCAAUACAUCUUCUCAAGAGUGGGUCUUCGGGCAGAUCCAGCCAUGAUAAAGAUAGUGAGGAAGGUAUCCCCAUCCAAGUACAUGUACAAGCUCGAGGCACGGUGUCUCUCUCUUCAAAGAGGAUUUGAGCAAUCCCACUAG